AUGACGACCUACCUGCUGCUGCUCCUCCUCCUGGCUGCGACAAUCAUGGUGGUGGCCAGCCAGCAAAACCCUCCUAGCACACCGGCACCGAUAACGCUGCCGGGGUGCCCCGACAAGUGCGGCAAAGUGAGCAUCCCUUACCCCUUCGGCAUCAAGGAUGGCUGCUACCUCCCAGGCUUCCACAUCAUCUGCAAUGACACCUUCCAUCCCCCCCGCGCCUUCUUUCCCGCUGAUAAUCCUUUAGGCUGGACGCAAACCAGAACCGAAGUAAUCUACUACUCCACCAGCCACAUCCCCGAGCCAGAUAAGUUUAUCAACUCAUCCACGUCGCCUGUCGAGCUCUCCGGCGUGUCCCUGGUGGAGGGGAAGCUACUGGUGCAAGCCCCGUUCAGCUACGACUGCACACUCAACUUGUCGUGGAACACGGCGAGAACGAUGACUAUGCAAUUCCCGUAUGAGAGUAAGUUCCUCCUGUCACAUGGAAGCACCGUGCUGAUGGGCAUCGGGAGCUCUGCCCAGGCCCGUCAGGCCCUUGGUCCCAGUUGUGACACGUACGAGGGACUCUACCUCCCCAAGGGCAUCAACACGACGGCGUGCUCAGGGUUGGGCUGCUGCCAGGUCGCCAUACAGCCUGAGCCGCCCAAACCGGGCUUUUUCAACGUCCACGUGUAUCUUGAGAGGGAGUACUACAGAACCAAAGAUUACGGAACCAGAGGUUGCUCCUACGCCAUGCUUGUGGACAAGUCCUGGUACAACUUCACGACCAUGGACCUCGACGGCGACGUUUUCUUGCGGAGGAACGACGCCGGAGGGGUGCCCGUCGUGCUAGACUUCGUGGCCGGUUUUCAUCCAUGUCCGCGACCUCACCAACCAGAGCCCAAGGGAUACGCGUGCACCAGCCACAACAGCAUGUGUGUCGAAGUCCCCUUGUUGUACACCGAUGGGUACAUCUGCAGGUGCAUUGACGGGUACGAAGGCAAUCCUUAUAUACCAACUGGUGGUUGCCAAGACAUUAAUGAGUGUGAGCGGCCAGAUCUGUACCCUUGCCAUGGGAUAUGCCAGAACAUGGUAGGAGGAUACAAAUGCACCUGCCCUACUGGAACCAGGGGCAAUGCCACACAAGGGCGUUGCACCGAUAUAUUUCCUCUACAAGCAAAGCUGUCACUAGGUGCAACCGGCGGUCUUUUUCUCAUAGCACUUUUCGGGUUUGUCGUUCUUCUCCGUAGAGAGAAACGAAAGAUGAGACAAUUUUUUGAGAGAAAUGGCGGCCCUGCACUAGAAAAGGCAAAAAUAAUAAAGAUCUACACAAGAGACGAGCUCAAGCAGAUUAUAAAAAGCACAAAUUUUAUCGGCAAGGGUUGCUAUGGUGAAGUUUACAAGGGCUUUCUUAAUAAUCAACUAGUUGCCGUAAAGAAACCCAUUAAGGACAAUAUUGCACCAAACGAGCAAUUUGCAAACGAAGUCAUUAUUCAAUCUCAAGUCAUCCACAAGAACAUUGUUAGGCUCAUAGGUUGUUGCCUGGAAGUUGAUAUGCCGAUGCUAGUUUACGAGUUCCUCUCCAGAGGUAGCCUCGAUGACACUCUUCACAACAACAACAACGACGACAAGAAGGUGACUCUUGACUUAGAUAAACGUCUAAAUAUUGCUGCAGAAUCAGCCGAUGGUCUUGCUUACAUGCAUUCAAAAACUAGCAAGACAAUUCUACAUGGUGAUGUGAAACCAGCAAAUAUACUCUUGGAUGAUGAGUAUGUACCAAAGAUAUCUGACUUUGGUAUAUCAAGGUUGAUAGCAAAAGAUAAAGAGCACACCUUAACAGUCAUUGGCGACAGGACUUACAUGGAUCCAGCAUAUCUACAAACUGGCCUACUGACAGAGAAAAGUGAUGUCUACAGUUUUGGAGUUGUACUGUUGGAACUUGUAAGUGGGAGGAAGGCCACAUAUUUGGAUAAUAAUAGCUUACUAAGAAACUUCCUUGAUGCUCAGAAAAAAGAGAAGAUACCAACCGAGUUGUUCGACAAGGAAUUUGAAGAACCAAGAGAUUUGGAGCUUCUUAGUAGCAUUACAAGGGUUGCCAUGGGAUGUCUUAGUCUUGAUGUGGAUGAAAGACCAGCAAUGACGGAUGUAGCAGAGCGCCUUCUCACAUUGAAGAGAUGUCGUGUGUAG